GAUGAAGAGGAGAUGGCUUGCCAGGACCACCUUAAAUACACUGAGAAUAGAAAACCAUGGUGGGGCACGACUUCCACACGUUACAUCUCUCCUCCCGGCCUGCAGAAUUCUAUGCACUGUAACCACCGCUGUCGAUCACGGCACCAUCAGAGAAAGGUGCAUCUUGGAGGGUUUUCAUGACUUAUGAGGGGCGCAGUAAGCACUACUACCCAAAGGGCCAAAAAGGUCAAGGACUCCGCGAUCCCAUCCCUGCUCGCUUCUGAAUCAGGUAUGAACUUCGUGAUGGGUACGGUCUGACGUGAGGUCGUGAUGGAUACGGUCUGACGUGAGGUUACUAUGUGGAGAGAUGAGUGGAGUUUUGCAGAGGGAAAGGUGACCAGAUUAGCUUGUGCCAGCGGGUAUGGGAAAUAUUUAACUGCUCUGAGACACUCUGCGAUGAGCUCAGGAACUGGUGUCAUGCUCAGUCUUUGUACCCUCUCCCUCCUCGACUCAAGAUGGUUCUCAAGUCCUUCGCUUCGCCUGAAUGGCGGUUAGACAAGCCCAUCCAUACAGAGCGUCCCGUAAAGGUCAUCUGUAUCGGUGCCGGAGCUUCAGGCCUGCAGCUGGCGUACAAGCUUCAAAAGCAUGUUAGCGGCUUUAGCUUGACGGUGUAUGAGAAGAACCCCGAGGUAUCGGGAACGUGGUACGAGAACAAAUAUCCUGGCUGCGCUUGUGAUGUCCUCUCGCACAACUACACGUGGUCCUUUGAACCCAAGACAGACUGGUCAGGUCUGUAUCCCGCUAGCCAGGAGAUAUACACCUAUUUCAACGAUUUUGCCGACAAGUAUGGCCUUCGUCAGUACAUCAAGACACAACACCAGGUGGUGGGAGCCAGGUGGACUGGAUCCGGCUGGAACGUUUCCAUCAAGGACCUCACAACGGGAGAAACCGUGAACGAUACGUGCGACGUUCUCGUCAAUGCUGGAGGAGUCCUCAACAACUGGAAGUGGCCAGACGUUUCAGGACUGGACAAGUACAAGGGCACUCUUCUCCAUACGGCCAACUGGGAUGAGGCGGUAGACUUGAAGGGGAAGACUGUUGGACUUAUCGGUAACGGAUCAUCUGGUAUCCAAAUCCUUCCAGCCAUCCAGCCGCUCGCUGAGAAGAUCACUGUUUUCAUGCGCCGACCAACCUGGGUCUCGCCGUUGCCUGGGUUCGAAGGCCGUCAGUAUACAGAUGAGGAAAAGCGACGGUUCGCAGAGGAGCCUGGUCAUUUGCUUGCCUAUCGCAGAAACGCCGAACGUGGAAACAGCAGUAUCCUUCCUGUCUUCAUCAAGGGUACGGAUGCCAACAACAACAUCCGCGAUUACAUGCUCAAGGCCAUGGAAGAGAAGCUAGCAGGAAACAAGGAGCUGGAGGAGAAACUGAUACCGACCUUUGCCCUUGGCUGCCGUCGACUCACUCCCGGCACUGGAUAUCUGGAAGCCUUGGGAGAGCCAAACGUCCAAGUCGUGUUUUCCGGAGUGACCGAGGUGACGGAACAAGGGUGUAAGUGUGAGGAUGGGACCGAGCAUCAAGUCCCUGAUGUGCUUAUCUGUGCCACUGGUUUUGAUGCCUCGUAUCGGCCACGGUUCCCCAUUGUUGCCGGCAACAAGAACCUGCAAGACGUCUGGGCACAGGACCCGGAAUCGUAUCUGGGACUUGCUGCUGCCGACUUCCCCAACUAUCUCAUGAUGCUUGGCCCCAACUCUCCGGUUGGGACUGGGGCCCUGUUGAUCCCGAUCGAGGCGCAGGUGGACUACAUCGUCAAGAUGAUCGACCACUGGCAGACACACAACAUCCGGUCCUUUACGCCCGACGCGGCGGCCGUCCGGGAUUUUGUUGCACACAAGGACCAAUUCAUGACCAAGACUGUAUGGGCGGAUCCCUGUAAGUCUUGGUACAAGUCCGGUUCGUCGAAAGACAAGAUCACGGCGUUAUGGCCCGGGUCGAACUUGCAUUACCUGGAGACGAUCAGGCAGGUCAGAUUCGAGGACUGGAAGUUUGAGUACGAGGGCAAUCGCUUCACUUAUCUUGGAAAUGGCAAGAGCCAGACAGAGACGAACCCGGACGCGGAUUUUGCGUAUUACGUUCGAGAGGAGGACGACGACCUGCCGCUGGCGAGGAACAAGAUGACCAGGAUCAUCAACAAGACCGGGUCCGUCAUCGUGGCCGAAGGGACCGGUGAGGGCGUGUUACUUGCUGGGAUCUGAUGUUUCUGUAGUCACUCAACAUGAAGCUUUGGUUAGGUUGUAGAAGCACCUCUCUGGUUGAAUGGUGAUUGACGUGACUUGUCGAUUGUUUCGGUGGAGGUUGAUGUUGUCGAGGAGGAAAGAGGAGGAAGUUUCAAU